AGCAAAAAGUGCAGGAGACGCCGGGUCACGAAUACGGCCCCAUCCUGCGACAAUCUGGUGGUACUCGGGGGGGCUGCCACCCAGCCAGCAUCGGUCUGUCUUCGAAGGCUCUUGGCGUUCGCUCUUCUUGGCUUCGAUCCUCCUGUCUCUCCCGAGCAUCUGCCCCCUCCGGCGACAGGAGCCUUGGGUCCACCCGUCCUGGCGUCUCUAUCCAUCGCCCAUCGCCCAUCGCCCGCUCACCAGCCUUUGGCCAGGGCAACCAUUCUCCCUCCCUGACCCUCCUGAAUCCUUCGCUGCUUCGCCAUGAACUUUCUGAGCUGCUUCCAUUGCUCGCUGGGCUAUCCCCGACUACCAGCGCCGCGCCUGCCCGAGCCCGACACCAAAGAGAGCUUCAGGCUCGAUCGCCACAACCUGAGCAAGGCCAUGGACUCAUUCCCCAUCCGCGAGCUGCCAAGCCCGCUCCCUGGGGCCGACUUCCCAACUGCCUGGGUCCAUCCUCUCGAAGCCCUGGUUGAGCUGGCCUCGAACGAGCCCGGCUGCCCAGCCAUCCGCACCCACGAAAGCGUGCCCCCACAGUACAUCAACUACGGCGAAGUCUGGCGCCGUGCGUACUCGAUCGCCAACGGCCUCAAGUCGCUUCGGGGGUGGGCCCAGGACUCGGGCGUUGUUGCCCUGCAUGUCGAGCCCGAGGAAUACUGGGUGUACUCGACCUAUGCCGUCUGGAUUCUUGGCAAGAAAACGAUCAAUUUUGGACUCAACUGGCCACCGGCUGUUCGGAGUGCCAUUGUUAAGCGGCACGGAAUCAAGUUCCUUCUGUACCGCCAUGCUCGUCCCGAGCCCAUCGCCGGUGUCGAGCUCGUAGCCGCAGACUCCUUCCCUUCAUGCGUCGUUCCAGCACCGUCGCUUGGCGUCUGUUCCCCGCUGCAAGAUUCUCUGGGAUACCUCAGCACCUCUGGCAGCACUGGCAUUCCCAAGACAUUCCUCUACUCCAAGCCCAGCGACUGCUUUUGCUACUUUGCUGAUAUGUACCGAUCCCAAACGGUGGUGCAGUCACCCUCGUUUUCGGCCACGACGGUCCUCAUGACCAUUGCGUCCAACUGCAGGAACUGUCUCUGGUUCCCCAAGCCCACGCGCCAUAUUCUCGAUCAAGUCCAGGAGACUGUCCAGCUUCUGGAUUCUGGCGUGCAAAAGUUUUUUGCACCAACUUCCUAUAUCAAGCUUCUUCUUGCUUACGCUGAGAAGGCCGACAAGAAGCGGCUCUGGACAUCGGUUCUAUCGGUUAUGAUCUCCUCGGAAAUGAUACAGCCAUCUCUUGUCGCUCGCGUACGGGCCAUGUUCCCGAAUGCCACGCUCUCGCUUAUAUAUGCAUCAAGCGAGAGUACGAUCAUCGGCGCUGCCGGCAGCUGUAUUAUCCACCCCUUCGACCCGCUUCCCGAAAAGAUCACCUAUGUUCUCAACUCUCCAACCGUGCACUGUGCGCUCCUGGAUGAUCAAGGGGACAGGAUCGAUCCUGCUGUCGGUCGAAGGGGUGUGCUUUGUCUCGUAAUGGAUCCAACCGAUCCGAUUGCGCAAAAGUAUCCAUUCGACAAGGUCGACGCUGGCGCUCCGUUUGCCGCCUUUGGUUUCUUUGAAGAUCGCUCACCGCGGCUCUGCACCAUGGACGAGGUCGAACUGGUAGCCGACAACGAGUUCACAGUCGUCGGGAGAUUUGGCCACCGAGUCAAAAUCAACGGCGUUUAUGUUCAUCUCGACACCCUCCAGAGCACGGUGCUUGAGAAGCUGGGAUCGGUCAUCACCGACUGUGCCUUUGUUCUGAGCACCAGCAUGAAGAUUGUCUUCAUCUACGUCGCCAGCCAAUCCUCUGGCUCCAAGGCCAAGUUAAAGCCCCGGGAAGCCCUCGAUAUGGUCGAGAACCUGUUUGUGCUCGAAAAUGUAGGCACCGUGCCUUUGCACAACUGCAUCUCCAUGGAAGAGCUCCCGUACAUCGAGUGCGGCAAGCGCAAUCUUUGCCGCCUCAAGGAAAUAGCCGAUUCGGCCGAGGAAUUUGGCAUGAUGGUGUACUACCCACCUAUCCCGGCCCUGGACAAGCCCGUGAAUCGCGCAGCUUUGAAGAUCGCGGAGAUGGGCGCGGAAAUCUUGGGCAAUUCCUACUAUGCGACCAGCAACUAUUUCUUUUCUGGGAUCGGAUUUGAUUCCCUUACCAUCGUUCAGAUGGCGCUGAAGCUCCGCGACGAAUUUGGCGUCAAGAUUCCGCCGCACAUUCUUGUGUCAAACGGUGCGACCCCGCUCAGCAUCGCCCGUUUGAUUCUGGAUACUAUCGACAGCAAGCCUUUCAAUGGCUGCAAAUUCAACCUUACCAAGGAAGUCGACCGUUUGAACAAUCCCGUGUUUUCGAGCGUCGGACUGCCCCCGUUCGAGUUUCCGCACGAGCCACGCUCCGUGUUGCUCACAGGAGCCGAUUCGCUCCUUGGUAUUUUCUUGCUUUUUGAGCUGGCAUGGAAGCUUCCACAAUCGCGCUUUGUCUGCCUCGUCGCUACCAAACCCGAGCGGAAUGGAACAGCGCUUUCGACCCUCCGUCGGAUUGCAUUCGAGCGUAUGAUUGACUCGCGAGACCAACUCCGUCCCCGGUUCCAGAUCUGGGAUCGGGUGGAGGCACACUAUGCCGACCUUGCAGCCAUCGCCUGGGGACUCCCUCAAUCCGUCUGGGCAGACCUCGCCGAGGAUGUGGACAUGAUCAUCCACAACGCUGAGACUGUCCACUGGGUCCACUCGUACGAGAUCCUUAUGGCCGUCAACGUCGGCAGCACCAUGGCUGCCCUGCAACUGGCGUCGACGCAUCACCUGAAAGUGAUCCACUACAUAUCGACCACGGGUGUGCUGCCGCUCCUCGCACAGGGCCGGAACGGUGUCUUUUACGAAGAACGGAUUUAUCACGAAUGGAGAAUAUCCGGAGGCUACAACCAGACCAAGUGGGUAUCAGAGCAGCUGCUGGAUCAGGCUCGCCAGCGCGGCAUCCCGUCCUCGAUCAUCCGCCUGGGAAUAGUACUUGGAGACAGCCGAUGGGGAGCGUGUGACCCUGACUGCUUCAUAUGGCACUACAUCGAAGGAUGCAUCUCCGUCGAGGCCACACCGUCGCACCUCAGUAUGGUCGACUUGAACAUGGACUGUGUCGACCACGUUGCCCAGAUGGUCGCCACCAUCUGCACAUCCCCUGAAUCCGUCGAAAAGUUUGUCUUCCACGCUGUCAGUGCCGAGAGCCAAAUCAGCGAACAGCGACUGUUCGAGACCAUUGCUGGGUUUGGAUGGAAUCUCCUGUUCGAAACCCGCCAUCAGUUUCGCGAGUCUCUCUACAAUCUCAGCACCCGCCAGUUCGAUGCGCUUGACCCGCUGAUGGAUCUGGUCCGGCUGACGGCCUUCAACGUCGACAACAAAAAUGCCCUUGCGAUGUUCAACCAGCCCGCUCCCGCGCCCUCCUCUAUUUUGCAGGCUUGCCUGCAAUACCUCGUGCAGGCCAAACAGCUGCCUGCGCCGACCAAUACCCCACAAUCCAAGGAGAUUGUCUAUCCGCCAACUCCGAUAUAUGACUGAUAUGACUGAUCCCCGCCGGCGACGCAGACACAGUCCCAUCCCCAUCUCCCAACGAAGGGCCGCGGUCGAUGCCUGGGUUGAUGCGCCGCUUCCGUUAUUUUUCUUUCACUCCAAAGUCUGGAUCGAUCCUGCGAGGUCUGGGCUGUUUGCUUCCCUCCCACUCUCGUCAUAUCCCAUGCGCUUGGCCCCAGCCAAUUGCGCCAAUACACACAGAGCUUCACUUCGUCG